CGCUACAUUUAAUCUGCUCUGUUUUUUUCAGUGUUGUGUUUUCCAUGUCGACAGUAUGAAAACGCAUCAUGAAGCUGUAGUGUAGUGAGGCUGUAGUGCCGCUGAGGAUGCAGCCUGUGUAGCAGCAGCAGCAGCAGCAUCACCAGGAUGCAGGAUCCUCCUCCUCCUCCUCCUCCUCCUCCUCUGGAAACUGGAGGAGCAUCUUCUCCCUCUGACGUCAUGACAGCAGCAUCAGCUGUUAGCUCCGCUUUAAGCCUUUUCGCUGCCGAUCGCUGCCUGCACAAAGCAAAUAUAUGAGAUCCCCUCUAAUCCCUGAAAUGGCGACACAGGAGGUACAGCUGAAUGAGACCCUGGCACAUCUCAAAACGGAAUCGGAGACGCUGAAGACGAAGCUGGAGGAGGAAAGAGCGAAGCUGCACGAUGUCGAGCUACAUCAGGUGGCAGAGAAGGUGGAGGGGCUCGGCCAGUUUGUCAUGAAGACUCGAAGAACUCUGAAGGGACAUGGAAACAAAGUUCUGUGUAUGGACUGGUGUAAGGACAAGAGGAGGAUCGUCAGCUCCUCUCAGGAUGGAAAAGUGAUUGUGUGGGAUGCUUUCACUACCAACAAGGAGCACGCUGUGACAAUGCCGUGCACCUGGGUGAUGGCCUGUGCCUACGCCCCCUCCGGCUGCGCUGUAGCUUGCGGGGGCUUGGACAACAAAUGCUCUGUUUAUCCUCUUUCCCUGGACAAGAAUGAGAAUUUGGCUGCGAAGAAGAAAUCAGUGGCCAUGCACACAAACUACUUGUCUGCCUGUAGCUUCACCAACUCAGAUAUGCAGAUCCUGACGUCCAGUGGGGAUGGAACAUGUGCAUUAUGGGAUGUCGAGAGUGGGCAGCUGUUGCAGAGUUUCCAUGGACACGCAGCAGACGUGCUCUGUCUGGACCUGGCCCCCUCUGAGACUGGAAACACAUUUGUUUCGGGGGGCUGUGACAAGAAGGCCAACGUGUGGGACAUGCGCUCAGGACAGUGUAUUCAGUCUUUUGAAACUCAUGAAUCAGACAUAAAUAGUGUUCGAUACUAUCCCAGUGGAGAUGCGUUUGCUUCUGGCUCAGAUGAUGCUACAUGCCGCCUGUACGACUUGAGGGCAGACAGAGAAGUGGCUAUUUAUUCCAAAGAGAGCAUCAUAUUUGGAGUCUCCAGUGUUGAUUUCUCUCUCAGUGGCCGGCUACUGUUUGGCGGCUACAACGACUACACCAUAAAUGUUUGGGAUGUUCUCAAAGGAACGCGGGUGUCUAUUCUGUUUGGACAUGAGAACCGUGUCAGCACACUGCGUGUUUCCCCAGAUGGGACGGCCUUCUGCACAGGCUCCUGGGACCACACUCUCCGGAUCUGGGCUUAAGGAUGAAGACGCAGAGGAAUAAAUGGUAGACAGACCUACUGAAGACACACAGACAUUUCUGUUUGCUAGAGUACAAUCACAGAAAUAGAGACUCUGGUUGUACAUAGGGCAUAUCAAUAGCAUUGUAUAUACUCCAGUCUCAUGACCUGGGUAGACUGACAUAUUUCAGAGAGUAAUUAAACCAAAUGGCACGCGUGUAUUACAGUAUGAUUGAAAGAAAAUUGCACAGAAGUACUUAUAGUUACAACUUAAGAUGUAAAAUGUAUAUUGCAGAAAAUAACACUGGUAGUGAAUAGCAUCAGUCUAGGAUAGAAGUGACACAAUAAAGUGAUGUGUUGUAUGUGCCCACAUAAAGGACAUUAACUUUUUUUUUUUUUUUUUUUGCACAAAAAUGAUGAAGGUAUGCAGGCUGUGGAAGAAAAUGGGAUACAACACAGCAAAAUAUUUACAAACAAUCUUGGAAAAUGGAUAUCGGCAUUAGAUAAUAUGGAUUAAAGUACAAACUGAUGGUUUAUUUAAGCUGGAGAUAGAUAGCAAUUUGAUGUACUUUUAAUUCUACACCUUGUCCCCCCAACAAGCCUUCUCCAGUUUUGAAAGCAACUGACCUGCCGAUAUUAUUCCAAUGUAAAGAAAGCACAUUUAAAGAUAAAUCAUUAUCCUGAUGGUCUUAAGAUAAGGUUUACCUGUCAUCUCUGUUUGUCUCCAGCUAUGGAAGCCACUUACUGCUCGAUGUGCACAUUCAGUCACUGCAGACACCCUGAACCUGUGGUCCCCCACUAGAUAUCCAAAUGCUAAUAUAUGACAUGUUUAAAUUCGUAGAAUGUACUCCUUCUCAUGCGGUUGUCCAGUGGCUGUAAUUUCAUAUUUACUGUAAUUAUUUUAUUGUAGUUUAGUGUACAGUUAUACAAGGGACUGUUUAUCAAAAUAUUAUCAACAUAAUAAACUGAGUUUUGAAUAUCA